AUGACAGACGAAGCAGAAAGCCAGCACAUCUACGUGGCACCAGCUGACGUCCAGUCCUUCGCAGAAGGUGUACUGAAGGGCAACGGCGUUCCAGCCGAGAACGCAGCUAUUGUAGCAAAAUGCUUGGUCGCCGCCGAUCUGAGAGGUGUCGACACCCACGGUGUCAAUCGCAUACCAUCUUACAUGGCGCGGAUCAGGCAAGGUGUACUUGAUGCGAAGGCCCAACCGACUCUGAGCGAAAUAACGCCUGUGGUAGCGCAAGUGGAUGCACACAACUCCUUCGGCUUCGUGGCGGCGCAUCUUGGUAUGGACAAAGCUACCGAAAUGGCCAAGAUCUACGGGAUUGGGAUGGUGAGUAUCAAACACAGCAACCAUUUUGGGAUGUCGGCUUGGAUCGUCCAGCAAGCCAUCGAUGCGGGCAUGAUGAGCCUCGUGUUUACGAACAGCUCUCCCGCGCUACCUGUGUGGGGCGGUAAGAGCAAAUUGAUGGGUGUUAGCCCGAUUGCUUGCGGUGCGCCUGGAGGCGAAGAAAAGCCAUUCAUACUGGACAUGGCGCCUUCGGUAGCUGCCCGUGGCAAGAUAUACAAAGCCAAGCGACGCGGCGAGAAGAUACCGAAAGACUGGGCGCUCGACGCUGAAGGUCGCCAAACUGACGAUCCGGCAGCAGCCUUGGAAGGGGUGAUGUUACCGAUGGGUGGGCCCAAAGGCUCAGCGCUUGCAAUCAUGAUGGACGUCUUCUCGGGAGUCUUGUCUGGCAGCGCAUUCGCAGGCCACGUCACAAAUCCAUACGAUCCCAGCAAGCCUGCCGAUGUUGGACAUUUCUUGAUAGCAAUCAAGCCCGACCUCUUCAUGUCUCUGGACGAUUUUCGUGAGCGGAUGGACCAUCUUUACAGGCGGGUCCAGGACUCUGAUAAGAUGGCUGGCGUGGACCGCAUUUAUUUUCCUGGUGAGAUAGAGCAGCUAACGGAGGAGAGCCGACGACAAUCCGGCAUACCGUACCAUUCGGCAGAAGUCGAGGCACUCAACGCAGAAGCUGAUAACGUAGGCUCGGAGCACAUUCAUAUCAGAUCUCGGAAAUGA